CGACACUCGGUGGCGCUUUGCGGCAGUACCGGCGUGCGGAGCCAUGGCGGAGCAGGACCCGGCAGCGGCGGCGGCCGGGAGCGGCAGCGACAGCGAGGAGGGGGAGGAUGGCGAGCGGCGGCACCGGCGGCUCCUGGAGGCGAUCAGCGCCCUGUCCGGACGGAAGCGGCGGAGGCUGGCGGAGCGCUCGGAGGCGAGCGGGCAGGUGUCCGAGUUCAACGUUACCUGCAAAGGUGCUGGGGAAAAGCUGGAUCUGUCGGAGCUGCUGCAGCCCAUCCAUCCCAAAUCCAAGCUGGGCAGCGUGAGGAAGGAGCUGGUCAGAGUGAAGAGGAAGGCGGCGGUGGAGCUGCCGUUGAGCAAAGAGGAGGCCAAGAGGGUGGUGAGGGAGGCCGCCUACGUCACCACCUCGAAGGACGUGGGCAAGUGGCAGCAGGUGGUGCUGCAGAACCGGCGUGCGGAGCAGCUGGUGUUCCCCCUGCGGCAGGACAUCGCCACCGUCACCCCUCUGGAGAGAGUCACCUCGGCAUGGAAGGCACGAACUCCACUGGAGCAGGAGAUCUUUGGAUUGCUCCACAAGACACAGCAGCCUGUCACAGAUCCACUGCUGACACCGGAGGAGAUGGCAUCACUGCAGGCCAUGAGUUUGGAGGAGGCGCAGCGCCGGCGUGCAGAGCUGCAGAAGGCGCGGGCAGUGCAGUCCUACUACGAGGCCAAGGCUCGGCGAACAAAGCGGAUCAAGAGCAAGAAGUACCACCGCGUGCUCAAGAAGAGCCGCAGGCGCCAGGCCCUGAAGGAGUUUGAGCAGCUGCACAAAUCGGACCCUGCGGCCGCCUUGGCACGGCUGGAGGAGCUGGAGCAGCUCAGGAUGCAGGAGCGGAUGAGCCUCAAGCACCAGAACAAGGGAAAAUGGGCCCGAUCCAGGGCCAUUAUGGCUAAGUAUGACCUCGAGGCCCGCAAGGCCAUGCAGGAGCAGCUGGCCAGGAACAAGGAGCUGAUGCAGAAGGUGCGGGUGGAGCCGCCCGAGGAGGAGCUGUGUGAGGUGCCCGAGGAGGACACCACGGCCCUGCCCGUGCCAAGCGGGGCCAGCGGGGCUAACCCCUGGAUGCUGGGCAAGCCCAGUGGCCCAGCCCCAGAGCCUGAGGCACAGGAGGGUCCAAGAGAUGACACAGUGCCUGGUGCCAUGGAGAACAAGGAUGAGGAGGAGGAGGAGGAGCUGUCGGAGGAGGAAGCUCUGCUGCAGGACUUUGAGCAGAAGCGACGGGAGCGGACAGGGAGCCCCGAGGGGCUCGGUGAGGAGCAUGGUGCUGAUGAGGCUGAGGCUGGUGCCAAGGACCUGGGGGACAACCCAGUGCCCCCAGCCUGUGCUGAGGAACUGAGGGACAACCCAGUGUCCCCAGCUUGUGCUGAGGAACUGAGGGACAACCCAGUGUCCCCAGCCUGUGCUGAGGAACUGGGGGACAGCCCAGUGUCCCCAGCCUGUGCUGAGGAGCUGGUGAGCACAGGGCUGGAGCCACCCGCACAGGCCCAGGAGCAGCUCCUGCUCUCGGAGCAGCUGCGCCGCGUGCAGACCAUGGAGGAUGUGGAGAGUCUGGCCAAGGAGGAGCUUGUGGAGAGCUCCUUGGAGCAGGAGAAGCUGGUAGCCCCGAGAGCAGGGAAGCAAGCACAGCAGCAGGAGGAAGGCAGAGCUGGGGACAGACAUGCCAAGAAAACACCAGCCAAGAGGAAGAUGAUCAGCCUGGAGGCUUUGCUGGACGGGAAGCCCCAGGAGAUGGAUUGCCCCAGCCUGCCUGUGGUCCUGGAGGAGGAGGAGGGUGGCAUGGAGCAGCGUGGGAUGAUCACGGAGGCCUUUGCUGGGGACGAUGUGGUCGCCGACUUCCGCCGGGAGAAGCGCAAGGCAGAGGAGGAGGCGAAGCCGCAGCCGGUGAACCUGGUGCUGCCGGGCUGGGGCGAGUGGGGCGGCACAGGGCUCAAACCCAGCGCCAGGAAGGUCAGGAGGUUCCUGAUCAAGCCACCGCCAGCACCUCCACGGAAGGACCAGUUCAUGCCCCACGUCAUCAUGAGCGAGAAGCGCAACAUCCAUGCGGCAGCACAUCAGGUCAGCGAGCUGCCCUUCCCCUUUGAGCGGCACCAGCAGUUUGAGCGGAGCAUGCGGACACCCGUGGGCCCCACGUGGAACACUCAGCGCGCCUUCCAGAAGCUGACAGCCCCUCGAGUCAUCACCCGCACCGGCCACAUCAUCCAGCCCAUCUCAGCCGAGGAUGUCCCUGACACGGCCCCUGGCAGCGGGACCAGGCUCGGGGAGGAGGCUGUGGCUGGGGGGAAGGCUGUGCCAGGGAAGAAGGCUGUACCAGGGAAGAAGGCUGUACCAGAGAAGAAGGCUGUACCAGGGAAGAAGGCUGUACCAGGGAAGAAGGCUGUGCCUCGGGAGAAGGCGCAGCACUGCAGAACACGGUAGCCCUGUGUCUGCAGAGAGACCUCUGUCUGUCUGUGGGGGCUCCAACUGGAACAAGCAGAAGAACCAGGAGCAGCCCCUGGUUCUUUCCAGUGCCUUCUACCUCUUUCUCUGCAAUAAAACCUAAGGCUGCCCCUCC